GAUCAUCUCUUUAAUUAAAACAUACUCAUAUCGAUAUCUCGUAUAUCGAAUAAGAUACACUUCCAAUUUGAAGUAAUAAAUAAAAAAAAACCGUAAACAUUUUGCUUACCUUAGCAUUUAAUAAAUUCUGGAAACGGUAUUACAUAUGGAUGUGUAUAUCUGCAUAAAUGCAAAUGAAUUACAUUUGUGAAGUAAGAACUUAAGAAGUACUGACAUCUUACACUUCUACGUAUUAUUAAGAGAAGUGACACCCAAGCUGGAGCAUCUAAUAUGAUGGAAACUAGUGAUAAUCUUUCAGGCGAUUUUUUAGUAGAAAAAUUGAAAACCUGGUGCCGUCUCUGUGCCCGGGCUGAUGGAUUAUGUGCUAAUAUUAUAACUGGAGAGGGCCAACAAUCCAAAUCAUUAAUUUAUGGUUUCAGUAACAUUGCGCUUGCAAUAGAGAAUCUUUUUCGAGUUCAUAUCGAGGAGGAUGAGACAUUGUCACAGCUAAUUUGUACGGAAUGUUACCAAAUUGUGAUAUCUUUGAUUAAAUACAGAGAUCGUGUGAAAAAAGUUCAGGAAAUGUAUAAUGAUAUACGAAACCAUCAACAUAAAGAUAUUUUAGAUAUAAAAGCUCUGUAUGAGAAAUAUGAUCUAACUGAAAAUGAACCAUUUUGGCUGCAAACCACAGAUUCUACAAAACUGCCUGUUGAAGAAAUUUUCGUUGCCGAUUUACCCUUAACAAAAAUGGCCGAUUUAACGGGAAUUGAAAUAAAAGAUGAAAAAAAGGCAGAUGAAGUACCAGCUGACAUUUGUAUACAGAACUAUGCAAAGGAAGUUGAAUUUGUUGAUCCAAUAGGGGCUGAGGAUAAUUUUGAUCAACAAAGUUUCGUUGAUGAAGACAGGCUGAGUAGUGGGAGUGAAAGUGAAGAAACAAAAAUGCCAAAUGAGAAAAAUGUAGCAAAGGAUUCGACAAAUUUUAUUGAAAGUCUCGAAUAUAAUUACAUUUGUAUAAUUUGUGCUGAAAGUUUUCGCCGCAUCAGCACCUAUGUUACACACAUGCAGAAAGAGCAUGGUGAAAUUAAUUGCCCGCUAUGUGCACUUGCUUUCAAAAAUGCUUUCAAACUAAGAAUACACAUGAAAGAACAUCCAAAAGCGUUUAAUUGUGUGAAAUGCGAUAAACAAUUUGAUACAAGAACAAGAUUAGGUAGACAUAUAAGUUGUGCGCAUGAUAAAGAACAACCACUUAUUUGCGAAAUAUGUGGUGUAACUUUGCUCAAAAAGAAGCAGCUCAGAGACCACAUGCUCCAACACACUGACUAUUCACCAUUUGAAUGUAAAGUAUGCGGUGCACGUUUCAAACUGAAGAGUCGUCUGAAAAGACACAUGCAAAUACAUGGCGAUAAAUAUAUUUGCCCUAAAUGUGGCAAACAACUAAGUACGCGCGCUACACUUAAGGAUCAUUUGUUAGUCCAUUCCGAUGAGAUGUCACACAAAUGUGAAUAUUGUGGUCGAUUGUUUAAACGCGCCAACACGCUUAAAAAUCAUUUAAUAGCUCAUACGGACCUUCGGCCAUACGCUUGCGAUUUCUGUGAUAAACGGUUCUCCACAGGGCCCAGUUGCCGGUUUCAUAAAAAAACAAUGCAUCCGAAAGAGUUGGCUGAACUGGAAGCGACUGGAGCUAAAGCAUAUACGAAAAAUAUACCAACCUUACAGGUCUUGAAAGCAGUUUCGCGGGAGGGUGUGAAUUUGAAGCCACUGGCGUCCAAACAAAAUGGUUGCGUAUAUUUCGACAAGGAAAUACAAGUAAAAACCGAUACUCCUAAGACGAAUAUGUAAUUAGGCCUUUACAUUAGUAACAUUAACUAAUGUAUGUUCAUACAUAUAUGUAUAAGUUUUAAUAUUUAAAUUGUUCAUAUAAAAUUUAAUUAGGUUAGUAUAUAAAUUCUAUGGUAUGUACUGGUGUUUUUUUUCCUGUUUAUAAUAGCUUAAUGAUUAUUUUUUUGUUUGUCGCUGCAACUUAUUACUUCAGUAAAGAAGGAAUAGAGAAAACAAUAAAUAAAUUCAUAAUAACAAUAUCUGUAAAGUC